AACUCAACAAACACCACACAAAACAUAAACUAGUUUGAUUUCAUUCUACUUUUUUUCCCUCAGCUUUACAGCCAUCAUGGGAACGCUCUACCUUAAACCGGAAACCUUGCACGAAGACCUCAAGGUCACAAUCCUAGACUCCGGUCUCAUAUUUCCGUCGCAGGAAACCACGAAACGUACGAUGUUCUUGUCCAACAUCGACAAAGUCCUUAACUUUGAUGUGAAGACGGUUCACUUUUUCCCCGCCUGCCCCGGUUUCCCGCCGGAGAUUGUGGCCGGAAAGAUAAAGAAUGCUCUGCGGAGGUUGUUGGUGACAAAUACUUAUGAUUUCUUGGCCGGGAGGCUUAAGAAGAAUAAGGAGUCGGAGCGGGUGGAGAUAGAGUGCAACGCGGCGGGGCUUGGGUUUGCGGUGGCUUCCAGUGAGUUCGCGCUGGAGGAUAUUGGCGACUUGGUUUAUCCCAACCCGGCUUUCCGGCAACUCGUGACGAUGAGCUUUGAUUUCGUCGCUAAAGAGGAUCAACCGCUUUGCUUCGUCCAGGUGACAGCGUUUAAAUGCGGUGGUUUUGCCUUGGGAACAUCGAGGAAUCACAUUUCUUUCGACGGAAGCGGCUUUAAGAUGUUUCUAGAAAAUCUGGCGGCUCUAGCCUUUAACGAUGACGGCCCGUUGGCGGUGGUCCCAUGCAACGACCGUUCUCUGCUCGCCGCGCGAUCACCGCCGCAGGUCACGUUCCCGCACCCGGAGCUACUGAAGGUGAACCUCCCCGCCGGGGAGAAGAUGGCGCCACCGGUGUUCAGCCUCAAGGAGGACCUCUCCUUCGAGAUCUUCCAGCUCAGCUCCGCCGACAUAGACGGGCUCAAGGACAAGGCCAAGGCCCCCGACAACGUUAAAACUAAGGUCACCGGUUUCAACGCUUUGACCGCCGCCAUAUGGAGAUGCAAGGCCCUCUCGUGCGGUGGGGAUAACAACUCCGACCGCCUCUCCACGGUGCUCUUCGCGGUGGACAUCCGCUGGAGGCUGAACCCGCCGCUGCCGGCGUCCUACUCCGGCAACGCCGUGCUCACCGGCUACGCCACCGCGAAGUGCGCGGAGCUGGAAGAAGGCCCGUUCUGGAAGACGGUGCAGAUGGUUUAUGAAGGCGCGGCUAGGAUGACCGACGAGUACGCCCGGUCGGCGAUCGACUGGGGAGAGCUCUACAAAGGGUUCCCGCACGGCGAGUUCCUGGUGUCGUCGUGGUGGCGAUUAGGGUUUGAAGGAGUGCAGUUUCCAUGGGGAAAACCUAAGUACAGUUGCCCUGUCGUUCAUCAUCGGAAGGACAUAAUCCUGCUGUUUCCCGACAUCGAUAAUGGCGGAAAUAGCAACCGCGGAGUGAAUGUGUUGGUCGCUUUGCCCCCUAAAGAGAUGGAGAAAUUCAAAUCACUAUUCCACACAUUCUUGGCUUGAUCUUCGUCGUCUUCUUCAUCGUAUCAUCGUCAUAUUAAUCCCCAAUCAUCUUUCUUGAAUAUUUGAAGCUGUGAAAUAUAUUUAUAUGUAUGGAUGCAAUAUGUAAAAUGGUUGAUCAGGGGAUUAUGUACAAGUAAUAAACAUAUCAUUUGUUUUCUUUUCACCAA